UAUAUAUACAUGAAGAAAGAUAGCAAAAACACAAGACAUAAAUAAAAAAUGGAGGUGGAGAGAGUUCAGAAAAUAGCCUCAGUCUCGAACCUAGAGGGCACAAUCCCAAGCGAGUACAUAAGACCAGUGGGUGAGCAACCAGCAAGCACCACCAUCCAUGGGGUGGUACUGGAGGUUCCGGUGAUCGAUCUCAGCCACCCUGAUGCCGGAGAACUGGUGGGCUCCAUCUCAGAAGCCAGCAGAGAAUGGGGAAUCUUUCAGGUGGUUAACCAUGGGAUACCAAAUGAAGUCAUAAGCAAGUUACAGAAAGUAGGAAAAGAGUUCUUUGAGCUGCCACAGGAAGAGAAGGAAGCCAUAGCCAAACCUGCAAGCAAUGAAGCUCUUGAAGGUUAUGGAACGAAGCUGCAGAAGGAGGUGGAAGGGAAGAAAGGGUGGGUGGAUCACUUGUUUCAUAGGGUUUGGCCACCUUCUGCCAUUAACUAUCACUUUUGGCCCCACAGUCCUCCUUCUUACAGAGAAACAAAUGAGCAAUACACACAAAUGUUGAUAGAGGUGGCAAACAAAUUGCUUGGAUUUCUAUCAAAAGGAAUAGGGCUAGAAGAAAAUGCAAUGAAAGAAGGGUUGGGAGGUGAAGACUUAAUCUACUUGAUGAAAAUAAACUACUACCCACCAUGCCCAUGCCCUGAUCUUGCUCUUGGGGUGGUACCCCAUACUGAUAUCUGUUACCAGUCAACGACAUUAGUUAAGCAACCUUCGUUGUCAGGAAGGGUACAAGUGGCAGAUGGCAGUGCAUGGAUCGUGCUCUUUUACACUAGAAAAGAGCAUGGGUCGUGCUGCAGACAGAAUGCUAAACAUGGCCAAUGCGUUUUAGCCUUCAGAAUGGCACGGGCAAUGUAUUUUGGCAUGGGUCGUGCGCUUUUGUUCUUUAGAUUGGCAUGGGCCGCUGCAUUUUGUGGCAGAAAGUGA